GAUGAAUCCAGUCGAAAGUUCAAUAAUUAAAACUGGUGUUAGUAGUAGCAGUAUUGAUAAUAAGAGGAGUUCUACCCAAAAUUCAACUAUUAACGAACAGGAGCAACCUUCAGCACGAAGAAAGGGAGCCUUUACAAGGAAACGAAGAAGUACUCAAAAUAAUGGAAAUGGUUCUAGUUCUUCCACAAACCAGACGUUCACUACUGUUAUAAAUCAGAUCUUGCAUAAGCGCGCAUCGGUUUCUUCACAGAGACCAAAAGAUUUAAUUGCAGAAAUAAAUACCAGUAAAAUAGAUAAUAAAACACGAAAUACUUUGCCUCCAAGUCCAAUUUCCGUUAAUGCGUCGAUUCAACAACAAAAUCAACUUUUACCUUCUCAUUCAACACAGCACUAA